CUUCCAUUCGGGGUCCAUUGGGUCAUUGGAUCACUUAGUGACCUCUUACUGUACCUAGGUACCCGUGCUACCCCACUAGCGUCAUCUGCAAGUACAUUAAUUUUGGGAACGAAAGGCUAUUGUACUACUAAUCGUACACCACCCUUUUUUGGUGUCAGUCCGAAUUUUUCGGCCCACGGAAUUGUCUCCUCAACAAUUCCUCUUCCAAUGGUACAAUUCACGAACCUGCCAACGAAAGGAACCACCGACGGGGAGGAGCACAAUUUCGCCAUCAUGUCGAGCUCCAAUUCUUCCGACGCAGACAUCCCCAACGGCUCUAGCAAGCGAAGAUCGGACGACGAGGGGUCGAAGAGCAGUAAGAAGAGGAAGAGGAAGGAGAAGGAGAAGAGCUCUAGGAAAACCAAUGGCGUGUCCAAGAGACGUCACAGUGUCAGCAAACCCGCGAGAGACCCCAGAGACGAGGCUUCACCGGCUUCAAAGGACGACGAGGACGAGGUGCGCUCGCUAAGUCCAGUCAUUGAUUUUGAUGGCUUGAGCAGACCAAGUAUGACCAUCUGUUGUUUCAUGCCUCAAUGACAUCAUUUCUGAUUUUGGGCACAGGUCUUGGGACGAGAGAAAGGAAAGAGGAGAACCCGGAACAAGCUGCGGCCCGUCUAAAGAAGCUAUCUGGGGCAGUUCGAACCAUUCUUGAAUGCAUUGGCGAGGAUCCCGAUCGAGAAGGUCUACUGGGCACACCCGAACGAUAUGCAAAAGCGAUGCUCUACCUUACCAAAGGAUACCAGGAGAAUGUCAAGGAUAUUGUCAACGAUGCUAUUUUCCACGAAGGACACAAUGAAUUGGUCAUUGUAAAGGAUAUCGAGGUGUUUAGCCUCUGCGAGCAUCACAUGGUCCCAUUUACUGGAAAGGUGAGAUUUGAGUUCAGAAUACCAAGGCGAUAGCUCCUGCUGAACAAUGACUCGUAGAUGCACAUAGGUUACAUCCCCAACAAAGAUGUUAUCGGAAUCUCGAAACUUCCCCGAAUCGCAGAUAUGUUCUCCAGAAGACUACAGAUCCAAGAACGACUGACAAAAGAUGUUGCACAUGCAGUCAUGGAAAUUCUCAACCCACAGGGAGUCGCAGUCGUGAUGGAGUCGAGCCACCUAUGUAUGGUCAUGCGAGGUGUAGAAAAGACAAGCGCAACGACAAUCACGAGUUGCGUACUUGGGUGCAUAGAGAAGAGAGUGAAGACUAGAAACGAAUUCUUCAGUCUGGUGGGUCUCAAUAGACGAUAAACACAACAAGACAUACAAAUCAGGGAGGCACUUUUUGAAUGAAUGCAUUAGAAGGCGUUUGGUAUUAAAUGGUAGGGUACUUUUGGGCUCCGCGGUCUUCAACACCAUGCAGGUUCGGCGUUUUAUUUGGUCUUAACGCCAUCUUAUAUUGAUCUUUUGCGAAGAUAAGAAAUUCGAACAUCACUCACUAAAUACGAAAAGAAUUGAAGGGGUUGUCUAUCUAUUUUUCAAAACUCUUUCAUGCUAUGACUGCGACCAAGCUCCAACAGUUCCAAGUUCUCUCCUCAAUCCGCUCUCUACAUCCCUGACGACCUUCGCUACAUCACUCAGAAUUGAUUCAGCAACCUCUUCUACACUGGAACCCGCAUCGAUAACGGUCAUAUCAGUUGAUUCCUCCCCACCCCUGACAGUCAAUCCAAGGAAUCGCUCGCGAACUCUUUCCUGCAUUUCUCUCUUCUCGUACUUCUCCUCUCCAUACCCUCCUCUUUUUUCUGCUUCUGCAGCACUUAAAUCUAGGAAUAUUACUCGAUCAGGGCGUGGUAAACCGACUUCAGGAGAACGUGCCCAAUCUAGGGAGAGAGCGGGAUUGUUUUUGGAUGCGCUAUAUACCAUUCCUGAGUAGUAAUAGCGAUCGCAAAUGAUGGUUGUGCCGAGGGAGAUUUGUUGCUUGAUGUAGGAGCUGGGAGGUGUUAAUGUCGUAACUAAGAAAAAUAGGGAUAUUUGGUGGUAAGGAAGACAUACGCUCUCUCCCAUCUAUUUGCAGAGAAGAGGAGGUGGAUUGCGUGGUCAUCCAUUUCGGUGGUGUUUUCUAGGUAGCUGUUUAUCAUUCUUCCAAUGGGGGUUGUUCGAUCUGUACAUCUCGGUUCUUAGCAUGCACCAAGGCAAUAGAACACCAUAAAUCUCUGAUCAAUUGGACUGUCAUUCAAGAUAGAAAAUUCAAGUACCUGGAAACCUUAGCGUC